CCUCGUAGAUCGUUGUGUGUUGUGUGUCGUCCAUGGUCAGUCUAGUCAAACUUUGUUGUGACGGAGAUUAUGCCGAUGCCUAGGGAUAAGAGAAGACGACGUAAGGAAGUACUUUAAUGCAAUAAAAUUUUAAGAGUGCCACCCUAUAGUGCAUUUAGGUUAGCUAGUAGUAAGAGAUGGCACCAAAGAAAAACAAGAUUAAAAAGACUUGCAGUUCUAGUUCAUCGAAGUUUUCUGUGACUUCAUCAAAGAACCGCUUCAAACCCUGCAAUUCAAAAUACACAUUGAACAGAGACACUCUGACUGAAUUCAGAAGGAAGACGAUGUUGGAACAGAACAAGAUGAGAAAAACCGGGCUGUUCUGCGACGUUGUGCUGAAAGCUCAGGGACAGAUAAUCAGAGCACACAAAUCUGUUCUUGCGGGUCACUGCGAUUACUUCCGCACAAUGUUUACUAUCGACAUGGCUGAAAGUCGUAAAAGUGAGAUUGAAUUGCACGACAUUGAUUACGAUGCGUUGGCAGCUGUUGUAGAUUUCCUUUACACUGGAUCCUUCAGAAUUGAAGAUGAAAAAUUAGAUGAACUACUUGCUGCUUCUUGCAUGUUUCAAAUGAAGGAGUUACAGUCUAUUUGUGUCAAGACAUUUGAAAAAGACUUGCGAGCCACAAACUGUCUUAGGAUUCAUACACUGGCUGAUAUGUUAAACUUAACGACACUCAAAGACAAAGCUGAGAAGAUUAUCUGCCUCAAGUUUGCUGCCAUCAUGCACCAUGAAGAUUUUCUUGCGUUAGAGGCAAAAAAGCUAGCAGUUAUAUUGCAAUGGCCAUCGCUAAGUACUGGUCUAGUGCAAGAUGAGGAUAUCAUCCUACGUGCUGCACUUGAUUGGCUGAAUUACGACCACAACAAACGCCUUCCGCAAUUUGACCUUGUCCUAUUGAGUGUCCGCCUAGGUCGUACAUCAUCCAAUCUACUUAAGAGUAUUCAUACAAGUGGAAUUUUGUCCAAUAAUCCAAAAUGUGCCGAAAUUAUUGAGAAGUUUGCUACACAAUUUCCAAACUGCCAAAUGCGUGUGUACGAUUUACAUCCACGUUCGCCAUCAACGCAUGUGUGCAUCAUAGGAGGUUACAAGCAAUCACCGCGUGUAAGUAAUGCUCGUUCAGAAGGGAGAACAAUCGAGGUGCUAAAGAUAACUGACAGAGAGGCAACAUGGGUCGGAGGAACAAUACUAAGGGUCGGCAUGAACCACCACACUGCACUUGCAUUAAACCAUGAAGUUUAUAUCCUGAGUACCAACAUUAAAAACGAGUAUGAAUUGUACCAAUACGACCUCUUAGAACAUUCAUGGACCCUUACAAAGAAGGUCGAGGAAGAUUCCAUGUGGUACAUGAUUGGAGAACAUGUGGAUUUUGUGCGAGCUGUAGAUCAUCAGCAUAAUUACGUGUAUCUCUGUGGGUAUGGUACAUGGAGAGAGGGUGGUAAUAAAGGAAGCAAAAGUUGCCGAAGAGUUCUUAGGCUCGAUAUGAACUCAAACACAUGUAAAGAAUUACCACCCCUUCCAGAUAAUAGAUUCUAUCACAGUGCGAUUGUGAUGGAUGGUUCCCUGUAUGUUGUUGGGGGAACAGAUUGGAAGAAUGAGGCAAAAGCAGGUGUAUUAAUGCUAGACCAAGAGAAGGAGGAAUGGGUGGACAAACAGAUGAUGAACGUUAAACGAAUUGCAGCUGGAUUAACCACUUUGAAUGGGCAUUUAUAUGCAAUUGGAGGAACAAACAUGGUAGCUAGACAAAAGACAGUAGAACGCUAUAAUCCAAGGACAAACACGUGGAGUGCUGUUGGAAACAUGAACCGAGCCCGCGCCUACCAUGGUGUUGUGACAGCAGGGGGAUGUAUAUAUGCAGUAGGGGGAAAAUCAAAUAGCAGCGAAGAAGGUGGAAAUAGCAAUGUUUUAAAUUCUGUUGAGGUGUAUGACCCCGAGGCAAACCAAUGGAGCAUGCUCCCAGAAACAAUGUCAAGUGAACUCUGCCGGAUGACACUCUGCGUUGUAUGAAGAACAGUUCUCACUUUCAUCCACUUGUCCAUCCCCUUGGUCAGUGCUGGUUGGUUAAAAAAAAAUCUUCGAUUUAAGAAUAACAUGGUGCAAGAUGGAAGUAAACCUAUCUUGUUGAAAAAAAGUUAUAUUCAUUGUAGAACCCAAUUCCGAUGAUUAUACACCUUGUCUGUUACAUUUUUUAUUAUAUAAUUUAUUUGUAUUAUUAUUUUAUUUUAGCAUUAUUACUGUUUUUGUUAAUAUUAUUCUGAAUCCACAAUCAUAAUAUAUCUUUAAGUGAUCUGGAUAAACAUAUACUAUAUUUAUAAUGUUUCUUAUUUUAGGUUUUUUUUAUAAAAAAUAUUUAAUAGAAUCUAUAGAGGCGGUGUUUCAAUAACUGACCAAAUUUAUAUCAUUUAAUGAGUAGGUUUAUACAUUUCUUCAUAGAAACUUGCCAUCUGGCAUUGUCUUUAAGGAGAUGUAAGGCAUGCUGUGUUUGAAAGGUCCUACUGUAAACUUUAUAAACAUGUGAAUAUAAAGAAACUUUACCGAGCCUAAAUAAUAUGAAGAAAAACAUGUUUGUUGAUCAAGUUUUUUAAAAACUAGGAGGAAAAGGUCACAGUAUAUAUAUAUAUAGGCCUAUUAGGCUCCAUUGACUCUGUCACAUACAAUGACCUAAUGAAUUUUCCCAUAUAUGGGUAUGGUUUAACAUUAUGUCCAUAUAUGGAGUACAGUCUAUGUACACACAUAGAUACUCAUUGCUUAUAUGGAUGUUUGGUUAUCUGCAGAAUUUUUAGUAUCUUUUUGCUUUUGGAGGUAAAAAUAAAAGUGGCCCUAAACAAAAUAAUAAGAGAGAGAAAAUGAGAAACAGUUUUUUUUUUUUAAUUUGGCCAUUAAAAUAUUGAGCAUAUAAUAUCAUUUGAUUUCACUUUGAAAAUAUGUAAAUUACAAAUUUUGUGGUAGGAGGUUUGGUUAGAAUGAUUUGAUUAGAAACCAUCUAUAAGACUACCAACCAAGAACCAACUAAAUAAACCAUGGAAACUAAGAUUUUCCUACUA